AUGCAAGCAGCAAGAUGUCCCACUGAUGAACUGUCAUUAACGAACUGUGCUGUGGUGAAUGAGAAGGACUUCCCAUCUGGGCAACAUGUUAUUGUGAAGACUUCUCCCAACCACAAAUACAUUUUCACGCUGAGAACCCAUUCCUCAGUUGUUCCUGGCAGCAUCGCGUUCAGCUUGCCCCAGAGAAAAUGGGCUGGACUUUCCAUCGGACAAGAAAUAGAUGUUUCCUUAUACAGUUUCGACAAGGCUAAGCAGUGUAUUGGCACAAUGACAAUUGAGAUAGAUUUUCUGCAGAAGAAGAACAUUGAUUCCAACCCCUACGACACAGACAAGAUGGCUGCUGAAUUCAUCCAACAGUUCAACAGCCAAGCCUUCUCAGUAGGCCAGCAGCUUGUGUUCAGCUUUAAUGACAAACUUUUCGGCCUAUUGGUAAAGGACAUGGAAGCUAUGGACCCCAGCAUUCUCAAAGGAGAGUCUGGAGCAAGCAAAAAGCAGAAGAUUGAGGUUGGUUUGGUUCUUGGAAACAGUCAAGUUGCCUUUGAAAAAGCUGAGAACUCCUCUCUCAAUCUGAUCGGUAAAUCAAAGACCAAGGAGAACCGCCAAUCGAUCAUCAACCCAGACUGGAAUUUUGAGAAAAUGGGCAUUGGGGGCCUUGACAAAGAAUUCUCAGAUAUUUUCCGACGAGCUUUUGCUUCUCGAGUUUUCCCACCUGAAAUUGUGGAGCAAAUGGGCUGCAAGCAUGUGAAAGGCAUUCUCUUGUACGGACCUCCAGGCUGCGGUAAAACACUUAUGGCGAGACAGAUUGGCAAGAUGCUGAAUGCCAGAGAACCAAAGGUGGUCAACGGUCCAGAAAUCCUCAAUAAAUAUGUGGGCGAAUCUGAGGCCAACAUCCGCAAGCUGUUUGCUGAUGCAGAAGAAGAACAAAGAAGGCUUGGAGCAAACAGUGGUGUGCAUAUCAUCAUUUUUGAUGAGAUUGAUGCAAUCUGCAAGCAGAGAGGAAGCAUGGCGGGUAGCACUGGAGUCCAUGAUACCGUUGUAAACCAGUUGCUGUCUAAAAUUGAUGGAGUAGAGCAGCUCAAUAACAUCCUAGUGAUUGGAAUGACCAACAGACCUGACCUGAUUGAUGAGGCUCUGCUGAGACCGGGGAGGCUGGAGGUUAAAAUGGAGAUUGGCUUGCCGGAUGAGAAGGGUCGAUUUCAGAUUCUUCAUAUCCACACAGUACGGAUGCGGGAACACCAGCUGCUGGCUGAAGACGUGGACAUUACAGAACUGGCAGUCGAGACUAAAAACUUCAGUGGUGCUGAAUUAGAAGGUUUAGUUCGAGCUGCUCAGUCUACUGCUAUGAACAGACACAUCAAG